GGCCAUAUAUAUACAUUGCGUUUCUUUGUUGGCUGGCUAAUCACGAAAAAGAAAAUGGAGAAUAUGAAAUAUGGCGAGGAGCUUGUGAGGGAAUUUCUGUUCUUCAGAGGAUUCACAAACACUUUGCAAUCUUUCGAGAAAGAAUUGGCUACAGAUAUUGGGAAAGGAUUUCAUAAGGAUAAAAUCUUUGACCUAAUUUUUUCAGUAUACAUCCCUAAAUUCCAGGCAGAAAAUCUAAUUUCCUUGCUGACUUUUUUCAAACAAUGUUUUUCUUCAUCCGAAACCAUCUUGCUUGCUACCUUGUCCAAAUUGGAGAUCUCUGUUCUUCGAUAUUACAUCGUUCACGCCGUACAAUCAGGAAGAAAUGACAAGGUUAUCGAAUUUUUUGGAGUUCAUGGCGAUGAUUUGCUGCAAAGGGAUCAUGAUUGGAUGUCGUGGUUUGCGAUCCCGUAUAUCAAGAACCCUAGAUUGGAUCCCUUGUUUCGUGUAUACUUCUCUCGGGAGUGUUCAGAGAAACACACUGUGAACCAUCUCAAGAACGAUAUCAAACAUUUAAACACCAGACUCUCACAACUUCAGGCUUUGUUGGAGGAAAAGGAGUCUCAAUUACGUCGCUCCAGGAGCAAUCUUUCAACUUCCCGCCAAUUAAGCAUUGAUGGUAACAAUGAAUCUAUGUGCUCUACUACACCUUUACCUAAAGAAUCCGUUGUUUCAUCUAGUGAAGCUCAUUCAUCCACCACUCAUUUGAGUGGGAGAAAGCCCUUGGAUAAGGAUGUUAAUACACCUGAGGGUCAAGCUGCAAGCACUUCAAAGAACAGUUAUGGUGGAUAUGGUGAUGAGAAGAAUGGUUCUAUUGAAACCAAUGAAUCACAGCAAGAAGAAGAUUUCCCAGAAGUGAAAGUAGACUUUCAGGAAACUUUUUUGGGCCACACAAGCCCAAUUAGUUGCUGUAGGUUUUCUACAUCUGGAGACAACAUUGCAAGUGCUUCUGUAGAUGGAACAGUCAGGGUAUGGACAUAUGACUCGUCAACUUCAGCAUCAAGAAAUGCAACAAUCUAUUGUGGGGCAGAGAUCAUGUCACUAGAAUGGGAUUGCAAAUCUGAUCGAUUGCUUCUCAUAGGCACUGCUGAUGGAGGAAUAAAAGCAUGGAAUGUUGAUGCAAAAAGAGUUGUUUGUGAUCUCAAUACAACUGAAGCAUUUCCAAGUGUUCUUGACCUAAAAUGCAGCCCAGUUGAACCACUUUUUGUGUCUGCAGCAGCAUCCAGAAGAAAUGGCACAAAUUUUAUAGAUAAAUUGGGAUUCGCAUCAUUAACUGUUUGGAACAUGAGAACAUGGAAGCCAAUGACAGUGCUUCCACUUGGGAAAGAUCCACCUGCUAUCACCUCACUGUGCUUCAACCACAAUGGAAAGAUUCUAGCAGCUGCUGCUACUGAUGGAAUGAUUCACAUGUUUGAUAUGUCAGCAGGCCUACAAAUAACUGGAUGGCCAGCUCAUGAUUCUGCUAUCAGCUCUGUUCUUUUUGGGCCUGAUGAAACUAGUAUUUUUAGCUUGGGUAUAGAUGGAAAGGUAUUUGAAUGGAGCUUACAGAAUCAGGGUAAAGUUCUUUGGUCAAGAAAUUGCAACAGGUUGAGUAAUGUUGAGAGUUCAGAAUAUUAUAGACAUGAAAUGGCUUUAGAUGCAAAUGGUAAACGACUUUUAGUCACAUCUGAUUCAGUCAGAGCACCAAUAUAUCAGGUUCAAGAUGAUAUGAAUGGGAUGAAAAGCCUUCCUCAUAGUGCAGCCAUAUCAACAGUAGAUUGGCACCCGACCCUGCCCAUUUUCCUCACCGGGUCGGUGGAUAAUUCCGUCAGGGUCACAUCCAUUUUAUAAUUCUCUUUGUUUUUUGUGUUUUGUAUUUUUCUUUUUUUAAUAGAAGAGGUUUUUUUAUUCUUUUUUUUUUUGAGGGGAGUGAUUAAGGCUGAAU